AUGCUAGCCUGGGCCGGAUUUGCUUGUGGAUUAAUGGCCCUGGCUUCGAUUUGCAUUUCAUUCGCCAGCCCUUACUGGAUUCAAACAUGGCCGAUGUCGGAGAGUCCAUUCAAGAACAUGGGACUGUGGCACGUCUGCUUCAACAAAUACAUGCAGUUUAAGGACGACAGCCAGGAGCUGUACAGCGGCUGCUGGUGGGUCUUUGACAUGCAGCCCAAGUAUUAUAAGUUGAGAGAGUGGCUGACACCGCCGUGGUUCAUAACGUGCCAAGUUUUGGUAGUCGGCUGUCUACUCAUCCUCAUCACGACCAGCCUGAUUGUGGCCAUGAUCUUCCUCCACCAGUGCCCUAUCAUGAACCACGAGUACCUACAAACCUACGGCAUGUUCUCGGCCGGCUCUCUUAUGAUCUUAGUCAUUGCCCUCAUAUUCGGCAUCCAAACGAACGACCGCUACUGGCUACCGAGACCGGACUUGAACUUCCUCUCCUGGGGCUAUGGCUUCCUUAUAAUAACGGGCCUCUUCAGUCUCGCUUCCGGCAUACUUCUCUACAAGGAAGCUCAAAAAACGUACGACACGUUGUUGAGAAAGGAGGAUGAAUACACGAAAGCAGCCCUCGAGAUGUCCACCUACCAACUUGAACCCCCAUCCAGCCUGCCAGACUACGACUACAGCGCAGGGUAUCCUUCUUACCCUGCUCCGCAAGCAUCUCAGGCUGCAGGCAAAAGCCAACUAUUGAUUCAACCUGAAAGUUAUCCACAAGUUGAUCCUGGUUAUGAGCAUUCUUACGCUCCCGGUUCUGGAAUGAAAGAUGCGGACACCAGUUGGCAGGUUCCUCCACCCCCUGCUGCCAAGGGACCUCUGCCUCCUUUCGCUGGGAAGAGUUUUCAACAACUGGAUGAUGGAGAUGAUUUCGUUUGA